AUUAUUGUGAAUUAUUAUGAUUUCUCUACUUCGUCUUUAGUAUUCGCAAUUUUCAUUAUUUUUUAUAUAUAGGAAAAUUAUCUAUGCAAGAAUAAUUCUGCCAAUUAAUAGUGCUUAUAAGUUCUUAAUAAUUUGAUUUACUGAUACAUAACAUUAUAGAGCAGCAUAUGAUACAAAUAAGCGUUUUACAAAUAAAAUAAAACAAGUCAAAUGUAAUAAUUUAGUAAUUCGUUUAUUUAAAGUAAAAAGGGUUUAAUGAUACUAAAAUAUCGAUAAAUUGGUUGCAUAGACAUUUUUUAUACAUUUAUCCCUCCCACUUAUGAAAGUAACUUACGAUUGUCAAGUAAAACCAAAACACAACAGUAAUGUUUGUUGUUUCAAUUGAUGUGUACUUGUAUUUAUCAUGUUUUUAAUUUGCUCUUUACGAAAAUUUUGAACAUGCCCAAAUUUAAAUUUAAUUUAUUACAAAGACUUCUAUAAAACGAUAAUCAGAAAUGGAAUAAUGGAUAGUGAGUUACAAAAGUCAGUACUUUUGAGCACCUUUCAUAAUGGAAAGAAAAAAAUACGGAUUAUUUUACAUCAAGGAAACCUGGUUUGGGAUAAUGAAAAACCACCGUAUGACAAAACAUCUGUGCCAAUUGAAAAUAUUAUAUCUGUGCAACAGAAUUAUAUGAGAUGUCAUCCUAGUGAACCCAGACAGAUUGAUCCCAAUUCUUUUGUUAUUCAUUAUGCAGAAAGAGAAAGAGGUCCUAAAUGGGUGUAUAAAAGAAUAAAUCUUAAAAAUUCAGAUGUCAAUUUAGUCACUUCUUGGGUGAAGACCUUACAAAACCAUUUAAAAAGUUUCAAGAGGCCAAAACGUCUCCUUUUGUUUGUGAAUCCAUUUGGAGGCAAAAGAAAUGCUAUGCAAAUAUACGAAAAAUAUGCCAAAAAUUUAUUUCAAAUAGCCGGUAUAGACGUGACGGUGAAUGUUUCUCAAAGAAAAAAUCAAAUCAAGGAUUUUGUCAUCAACCAUAAUUUAGAUAUUUUUGAUUCGGUGGUAUGCGUGGGUGGAGAUGGAACCGUGUCGGAGUUAUUCAAUGGUUUGGUGUUGAGAGAGUGCAAGAUUAAGGGAAUCAUUCCAGAUGACAUUAACCAGAUUUUACCUAAACCGAAAAUCCCCAUAGGCAUCAUUCCAGGAGGUAGUACAGACACUAUAGCAUACUGUAUACAUGGUACUGAUGACACAACUACUGCUGUAUUACAAAUUAUAUUUGGAGACACUCUAGGAUUAGAUCUAGUAUCAGUAUAUGAUGAACAUAGUUUACUUAGUUUAUAUGCUAGUACGUUAAGUUAUGGUUACCUCGGUGAUGUGGCCUACCAUAGCGACCAAUAUCGAUGGAUGGGGCCUCGUAGAUAUGAUUACUCAGGUUUUAAGAAACUAGUAAGUAAUAGAGGCUACAAUGGCGAACUAGCCAUAUAUUCUGAGAAUGAUGGUGUAGUUCAGGAAAUUCCUUGCCACGAAAAUUGUGAUAUAUGCAAAGCAAGUAAAAAUAUACAAACUGAUAGAUUAGGCUGUAAAUGGAGAACCCUCUCUGGAAAAUUCUUUAUGGUAACUAGUGCUAACAUAAGCUGUGCUUGUAGUCGAAGUCCGAAGGGUAUAGCUCCUUUUAGUCAUUUAGGUGAUGGGAUGGUACAUUUGGUAUUAGUCAAACAUACUUCAAUAAUAAACAAUUUAAAAUUAUUGAUAAGAUUAUCCAAAAAUGAGGCUUGCAUCGAAGAUUUACCCUUCGUCGAAACAUAUUGCGCUCGAGAAUUUUGUUUCAGAGCCAUUGAAGGGGGUAGCAAAUGGAACUGUGAUGGGGAAGUACAACAUCAGAUUAAUAUACGUGCAAAAGUAAGAUGUCAAUUGCUCACUAUAUUCAGCAGAGGAAGGCCAAAGAAUUCUACAGCUGAUCCCAGUUGCUGUGGAUUUUAAGGAUAUUUUUUUUAUUGUAACAACAAAGUAUUGACUCAAGUAUUUUAUUCACCUAUUCCUCCAAAUAGUAUUAUUUUUUACAUUGGUAUAUUAUGACAUUUAUGUAUUUAUUUAAUAUACUGUAAUGAAUUGUUUAUUUCCUAAAUUGAAUCCAUAAAUUUUAAUUCUCUGAAAUUUUAAUUUUAGUAGGGUAUAAUUAAUAAAUUAUUAUAAUUCCUUCUUUUGUCAGAUAGAGUACAAGUUUCUCAAUAAACCCCUGUCCACCUAGGAUUUGAAUUAUUUUAAACUUUUAUAUUUCCAAAACAAAUUCAUCAAUCUUACAAAGAAAUGUUAAUUGGCUACGACACCAUCCGGAAAUAAAUGCAUUCAAUAUAACUUAAAAUAAUUUUAUUUAAAAAAAUAUAUCAAAAACAAUUACUAUAUAGAAAUGGUAAAAAUAUAUAGGAUGUACAAUAAGAAAAGUAUGUUCGAAGAGAGCACACAUGGAAAUAAAAAAAUUGUUCUAUUUAGGAUAUCAACAAUUUAUUUCAUACUCCAAGUAUACACAAUUUUUAGCUGUCUAUGUUUUGUAACAUUUAUUAUUCAUUCCUUUAUUUAUGUUUGUGGAAUAGUGAAAAUAAAUUAUUUUUUUCAAGCCUUUUUGUGUUUUAUUUAUUAAAAGUACAAUUAAACUGUGUCCUUUCAAGAGUAUAGUUAUUAAGAAGGUAUGUCUCCCUUUAUCUUCGAUAACUGUUACUUACAAUAGGAUUGGGCAUGCAUAAUUCAAUCGAUAGGUUGAUUUUUAUAAUUAAAACAGUUUUAAUAACUGUAGCAUACAUAUAUACUUAAUAUAAAGAAAUACGUGAAGAGUGUCAAUUUAUACUUUGAUCGAUUAGUUCUUUGAGAUAUCUAAUUACUUGUAUUAGUCUUUAAUUAUAUUUUAACUCCUUACUCAAUUAUGGUGUAAGUAUUCCACUUGGACACCUCCAGCUUGUUUCUGAAGAUUCUGCCUUUUUGGAGUUUACUCCUUAAAAAUCGAUUUGCAUUUAUAAGGAGCCCGGUAUGAGAAAAAUGUGAGGAGUAAAAUCUAUCGAUGAAUGACCUCGUUACGUUUUUGGUGCGCACCCUAUGAUGCGCAACUUUCUAAUUUUUCAGUGUCGACAUACUUAUAUUGAUGUUUUUAUUAUAAAUAUCAAUAAUUAAUAUUGUUAUUGUGAAGUUUUAAUUUUUAUCAUUGUGUUCCGCUAAAGUGAACUGAAAGUAUUUUCAAAUAACUAUGGCAGAAAGAGGUGUAGAUGAUAUUGCCGGAACAUCUAACAAACAUGUGGUUGCAAGGUAUGUUAUAAUUCA